AUGACCAAAGGCAAACCGCGCGGCCUCAACGCCGCCCGCAAGCUCAAGACCACGCGCCGCGAAGGCCGCUGGGCGGAUCUGCACUACAAGAAGCGGCUGCUGGGGACGGCGUUCAAAUCGUCGCCCUUCGGCGGCUCGUCGCACGCCAAGGGCAUCGUGCUGGAGAAGGUGGGCGUCGAGGCCAAACAACCCAACAGCGCCAUCAGGAAAUGCGUCCGGGUGCAGCUGAUCAAGAACGGGAAGAAGGUCACGGCUUUUGUACCCAACGACGGCUGUCUGAAUUUCGUGGACGAGAAUGACGAGGUCCUCCUCUCGGGUUUCGGUCGGAAGGGCAAAGCAAAGGGUGAUAUUCCUGGUGUGCGAUUCAAGGUGGUCAAGGUGUCCGGUGUCGGGCUGAGUGCGCUGUGGAAGGAGAAGAAGGAGAAGCCGAGAUCGUGA